AUGGAUCUCGAGAUGUUAUCAGAGCCCCACAGCGGCAAUACCUUCGAAAUUUCAACCCUCCAGUCUAUCGACGCGUCUACCUCUAUCAGCCCCUCUCACAAUGACCGUCAAAGCUUAGAGUGCCAGAAGGCCGACUUCAAAGUCCACAAGCUCAGCUGUGGGCCUACAAUUCCAUACAACUGCUUCCUGAUCAGGGCUUCUCCUGUUUCUGGUGCUGAUCAGUCUGAUGCGGCCUACAUUGAGCCAUUCCACCUCAACUCUUACGGAAAUUGGGGCCUCGAAAUGAAGGAGCUCAAGGAAAGGCUUGGCUGGCCGCAAGCUGAUGAGGCUGGAAAAUUCUAUCCCGAGAAGAACAUUGAUACUUGGUACUACUACAUGUAUCAAUCGGCCGGUUUCAACCUCCCCAAGAACAAGCUUGCCAGUCAAUGCCUGGGACGAACCGUGAAGGGCGAUGUAGCUGUCGUCAGAUCCUCGCCGGAUGAUGUCGAUGAUUACGACGAGUCCUUUUCCAAAAUGGACUUGGUAAAGACCAUCGAUUACUACAAGACUGCAAACUCUCGCCAGGUGUUCCAGCAACGAGAACGCUCGCGACUUUCGCGCAAAAUGGGGAUGCCAGGGGACUUUUUGAAAGGGGUUCCCCACUUCAACUUCUAG